AUGGCCACUUCAGCAUCCUCUGUCGCUGGCACCAGCCAGCCCGUCAUAAAGAAGGAGGAAGAUGAUUCUAAUAAUGAAUGCGCUUUCCUCUUUCCAAACAAGACUGAAGCAAUGAAGGGUGGCCCAAACCAGGUCAUCUGCAUCGAUGAUGAUAAUGACGGCGACGAGAGUAUUUCGGGGCUGUUCACCCGGCCUCAAGAGAUGUCAGGUAAAGACAACCUCACUAUCGUCAAGGAAGAGAGCGAUGAGGAAAAAAAGAGCUUCAAGAUAAAGGGACUCAAGCCUCAGAGAAAAGACAACAUUACAGCCGGAGACUUCUGUGGCACGAUCAAUGUUGACCCGGAGUCUAGUGACGAAGAUAUCGAUGAUGAGGACGGUCUAGGUUCUGCACAUGAGAAGGCCUCGGAUUAUCACGAUUCGGACGAGUCGGACGAGUCGGACAAUUCGGAAACUCAGCAGGAAAAACACAAGCCAAAUAGAGGGAUUUACAAAGCCUCGGAUAUCAGAAAACGUAUCAAAGACUACGAGAACGAAAAAAAUGCUUUGCUCGUCAGGCACCACACGGGAAACCAGUUGAAUCCGGCGGAGUGCGAGAAACUCGAAAGACUGAAGAAAGAAAUCCCCAAAGUACAGAAGGUACUUGAGAAGUAUGCCAGAGAAUCUCCAGCAAAAAAUGCUCGAGAGUACUGGCAGCGGUAUCUGAAGCGACAAGAGGAAAAAGAGGACAGAAAGCGCAAACGUGCCGGCGAUGAUACAACCGCGAACAAGCUUCAGAAGACAGCCAUGCAAUCAGGGCCUUUUGGUGGAGCUGAACACCCUGGUUUCUCAAGAGCAGCAGCCCUAUUCACCACAAAAGGGGCUGAGGACGAUGACGACGGCGACGGUGAACCAGCGAACAGGAUCGAGGCCACAACUCACGAGGCCCAAAUGAAGCAGAUCAUGGCGGGCAUUCCCGAGGGUAACGAUACCCGACAUACGAAGACGCAAAGGAAGGAUCUGAUGAAAGCUAAGAAAUGCUUCGGAUACAAGCAGAUCAAGGCUAUUGACGGGAAGUGGCAGCUCAAAGGGAUGGAAACCGCUAUGCACAGUCAGCAGCUUGUGGCCGCUACCUGGAUGGUUAUGCGUGAAGCCAUGGGAUUGAUUCCGGCGGGAGGUAUCCUGGCUGACGAGAUGGGACUUGGAAAAACCAUCACGUCUCUUGCAACUAUCGUCGGUCAUCCAGCGGAGAAGGAAGACAGAGAUAAAGGUUAUGGCAGGGCAACUUUGGUAAUUGCUGACAGUUCCCAAUCUGCCUCAAGGACCUGGAUGGAUCAGAUCGAGAAGCAUACCUCAGAAAGAAUCACCAACUUAAAUGCACUGCGUGGACAGUUUCCCAGCAAGAAGGAACGUAAAUUGCUAAAGGCCCAAUGGGCGGGAGAUGAGGAUGGAUAUCAGCAAGCCAUCUCCAAGAACCUCGGUGAACUCUUCCAAGUCAACUGGUAUCGAAUCAUUCUGGACGAGGCUCAUGGUAUAAAGAAUCACACCUCAAGUGGUGCUCUCGCAGUCUGGGAACUGAACGCCAAAUACCGGUGGGCUUUGACUGGCACGCCCCUUGCCAACAGACUGGAAGAGUUCUACCCCUACUUGAAGUUUAUUGGUUGCGAAUUUGCAACUAGCAUGAAAAAAUACCGAGCUCAGUACAUCAAGAGCGACCAGGCAGCUGCAAACUUCGAAACCUUAGUGGCCCUUGUCAUGCUGAGACGACAGCAGACUGAAAAGUUCCUCGGACACACCAUGGUCCCCUUGCCAAAAAGCCAUCGCAACGAUAUUUGGAUUCCAUGCGCAGGCUGGGAGAAGAUCCUUGAAGAGGUUGUGGAUGGUGCAUACCAAGAAAAGCUCGACGCCCAAAAUGAACACCACGAGACUGAAGAAGAGCAACAAGAGCAGGACAAUCAGGAGAUUGAAGACGUACCCGACGACGAGAAUGAAGAUGCACCAGACGACGAGAGUGAAGAUGAAUUCGAAGGUGACGACAAAAGCAGAUCCAAUGGCCUAGACACGUACAGAAUUCAGCUCGUGAGAUGUAUGAGGCUCCUGCAACUCACGUCUCACCCCCUCACCCUUGAAACGUUCUAUAGAGAGGAAGAUCAUGACGUAUACAUUGACCGGACCCUCGAGCGGCUGAAAUCAGAGAUCACCCAAUUGAACCUCGAGGCAGAUCAGAAGGCUCUGGAAGCAUCUCUCGAGCCAGCCUAUUCCUCAGGGCUCCGACAGUUGGAGUUGGUGAUCAGGGACAACUUUGGGGCUAGCGAGGAGAUGAAAGAGCUACUCACACUUGCGGCUAACGAGCAUAAGGUCAAAGGUGUCACCUGCGCCUUCUGUGAGAAGAGAACCCCCCCUGAGAACCCCAUCAAGAGCUCAAACGCUCCCCAGUGUCAUGUUACGGGAUGCUCUCCAAAACUCGGAAUGGGCCAAGCAGUAAAGACUCCGGGGUGCAUCGACAGAGCUGUAAAAGCUAUAGAUGGUUACAAGGAACCUGGCCGUGACAGCAUCGGAACACGGUGGACUGGUGGCCUGAAAGACAAGGCGUCGUUCUUUCGCGCUGUUUGUGGUCACGAUGACAUUGAUUAUGGUCCUGUCAGGAUGCCCCUGAGUUCCAAAGUCAAAGCCACUUUGGCAGUAAUGCUGACUUGGAUGGAGGAAGCCCCCGAUGACAAGAUCAUCAUUUAUGUCCAGUGGACUAGAACUGCAAAGGCUCUCGGCUGUGUUCUUGAGAGCCUGGGCAUCAAUUUUCUCUACUACAACCGGAUGGCAAACCAAAAGCAAAAGGCUCGAGCACUAGACGAGUUCACCAAUAACACAGAUAUUAAGAUUCUGGUGUCGUCAAUGAAGUGUGGUGGGCAGUCCUUGAAUCUCCAGAUGGCCAAUCGCGUCAUCAUCCUUGACGAAUGGUGGAAUAAAGCCGCUGAGGAACAAGCGUUCAAGAGAGUCUACAGAACUGGCCAGUUGAAACAGACUCAUCUUGUUCGAAUCAUGGCGAAGGAUAGCAUCGACGAACGUAUCAUCAUGCUGCAGGAUGCAAAGGAAGAGGUCAUCAGGGCUGCACUCCAAGAUGGGGAGAUGCAGCCACACUUCUCCAACUAUCGUCAUCUUCAAAUGCUCUUCUCCGGAAAGGACAAAGAGACCCUGGUCGCCGAGAUGGAGAAGGAGGCUCGUGCCAAACAGGCCAAGCAGUGA